CCGAAGCUGUGGUUUUGUUAUUUAAUUCAGUUGAAACAGUCAACAGUAGUUACAUCUCACGUCGCAUAAUAAUGAGGAAUUUGGAGGCUACGGGCAAGACCGAGUUUAUGGCUGACUGUCAAUGGCGCUGCAAAGAUGAAGAUUCGGGGCUUAGCUGUGGAGAGUGUCAGUCUUGUGUGCUUUCUUCAAAACUCUUGCAGACAAGUUACUGGUUUUUAAAAGCAGGGGAAUUGACGAAAAGGAAGUUUCUCUCUGGUGUUCUUGCUCGCUGUGAAAACUCUGGCAUAGGCCUUCUUGAAAACGUCAGAAAUGUCUUGGAAGUAACAAUGGGGAAGGACUUCACUUACGCACGGUCCCGAUUAAAACCAGGUCUGUCUGGAGACGCAUCCCACUGCAGUUCAAAUCGAGCUCUGGACCCCAAGAUACUGAAAGAUGCGAUCAGACAGACAUGGGACUGGUUCAGUCACAGCUCGAACUGGACCAAAUCGAACUACCUUAUGGGAAUUUUGGCUCUGUGCGACACAGAACUCCUCCACAUCCUUGGAAACCUGGUUCAUGUUCUGCUAGUUAGAGAAAAAAGAAACCCAUUAAGAUCAGCUUUGGGUGGCACAGAGGAUGAGAUCGCUUCGAUACCAGAAUCACAUUAUUCAUUCAGCUCAGAUGGGAAUCCGGACUUGGAGCUGCUUAUUUGUGCCAGCUCAGUGUAUGGGGCUGUGGAUCUCCCAUCCCAAUGCCAGGCCGAUGACGUAAUGGAGACGACAGUGGACACAGGCUGUGGCUCUCUCACCACAGUGAGUGAUGGUGCACAUAAGGAGAGCAGCUAUGCCAGAUAUGGGAGCGCUACGUCUGGAUGUGACGAGAGAGAUGCCAGCGAUACUGACUCUGCCUACUCAGAUGACCCUGCCCUCACCGUCGUGCCAAAGUCCUCGCGGUCCUUCUCUGGAGUCGGCCGCCACCGCGACUUCAUCCGUCAGCUUCCUGUUCACAUCACCAAGAGGAUUCUGGGCCUUCUGGAUAGCGCCUCCCUCCGCAGCUGUCUCAAUGUGUCCCAACACUGGCAGUACCUGGCUUUAGAGGUUCAGCACGAAGGCCGUGUGAAAAGGCUGCUGGAGAAGAAGGCCAUGUCUCUGCAGGGGAAAGCCAAGGCCGUCAAUCCUGCCUUUGCCAGGUUCCAGGACGUGCUGGUUGCCGUUCGAGACGAUGAGAAGUUCAUGUACCAUGGCGACCUGUCCUCACGAAGUAGGAAGGACCGGGCGUUCGAGGCCACCUACACUGGGGUCAUUACCAAAACCGUGACCAUGGAGGAGCGCAAUGUCUUCUGCGGAGCGUACAACAUGAUUCUGCUGCACAGCAGGGAAGACCCGUCGCGGGUGACGCACUACGGUGGCGGGCAGCUGGUGGUGACGGGCUCCAAGGACCGCGUGGUGCGGCUGGUGGAUGUGCUGGCGCAUAAGGAGGUGCCCCCGACCAUGCACGGCCACGCCGGCAGCAUCCGCGCCGUGCUGCUCUGUGAGGAUCGCGGCCUCGUCUUCAGCGCAGGAUAUGACCUCAGCAUCAGGUGCUGGAAUCUGAAGACAGGCACCUGCACCACGCUCUUCCGAGGUCACAAGGGCACCAUCAACUGCCUGGACCUGCACGGAGACAAACUGGUGUCUGGGUCCAAGGACGGAAGGGUCAAAGUGUGGAAUUUGUCGGGCAAGUGUGACGAUUCGCUGAGGUUCAAGCACAACCAGCCCGUCCUGUGCGUGAAGAUGGACAAGUCCUGCGUUCUGAGCAGCUGUGCCGGAGGCUUCGUCAAGCUGUGGAGUCUGGAGACGUCCUCCCUUCUCAAGGUGAUGGAGGCCCAUAAGGGUCCAGUCGGGUGCCUCUACUUGAACGAGUGGCACAUCCUGUCCGGCGGUUCAGAUGGAGAGGCCAUGGCCUGGAGCGCCAACCCCGACUUCAAGAAGUGUCUCAUGACCUACAGCCACCCGAUGGAGGUUUUGUCGCUGACGUGUCAGUACCUGCGGGCGAUCACCGGCUGUCUGGACGGAAAGAUCCGGAUCUUUAACUUUGUCACAGGAGACUGCCUCAAAGUGAUCAAGGCCUGUGGUCACAACAGCCCAGUCCACUCCAUACAUGUGGCCGAAAACAACAUGGUGGUGGACACGGACACCGGGAUAUUCCUUCUCCAGUUCGCCAAGGUGCGCUGGGACUACACGUCGUCGUCCGAGUGCGAGGCGCAGGAGGACUUUGGCGGUUUCGCCGAGGAGGGCGAGUCGGGCCUCCGCAAGCACGGCGACUCGUAUGUGAGGGCCGAGCGCAUGGCGGUCAUCGGUUCGUCCAGUCACAAGCUCUUCCCGCUCGCCGACCAGGGCAGCGAGGCCUUCUCUCACCACGCGCGCAGCCUGUCCGCACUGAGUAUGACCCACGCCAGGGAGGCCCAGCAGGAGUGGAUGAGGUCGGUUGCGUGGAGCCCCCGGCAGCCUUACCGGCACAACCGCGCCUACAUCGACCUGCAGCCGGAGUUCAUGCACAAGGGCUCGUCCGCCCUGUCCUCCUCCAGCGGGCACGCACCCACUGCCCACAGCGCCAGUCAUGCGCCCAGCACCGCCACCAGUGACCUGGGUCGAGAGCGGAGUUUGACUAUUUCCGAGCUGAGCCGCAGUGAGAAGGCUCUGCUGCGUCGCGUCCAGACGCGCGGAUCUCACCGGCCCGUGACGCCCGAGCGCAUGCUGCUGACGCUGGGCUCGUCCUCGCAGCUGUGCCCCCUGGCCGAGCCGCUCCGCGCCAACAUGGAGAGCAACGCCCGCGUCCGCGACGCCUGGGGCUCCAAGCCACCCCCACCACCGCCGCCGCUGCCACCACCAUCGCCCCCCAGAGAUGACCUCUGCCGCCGCCCCGACACCGCUCCCCCGCUGUCCACGGCCUCUCCGUCCAGGCACGGAGGGCUCCGGUUGGGGUACAAGGCCCCGUCUUCUCCGCCUCCGCCGCUUGUGGAGGGACGCGUGCAGCCUGACACCCCCAAGCUGCCCCAGCCGUCCCUCUACACGCACUCCAACGUCGUCUACACCCCUCUGAUGCGCCUGGCCUCGGAACCGAGCCCAAACACAAGCCCAGUCCCGAGAUCCGGCUGGGGGACGGGGUGCUGCCAGGAACGGAGCAAGCAGGCGCGCUCGUGUGCGACCUCACCUGUACGGGCGAGGUCAGAGUUCAGGGGUCACAGCUGCACUCCGCAUCAACGCAAGAGACCCCAGACCGCUGGCACAGCAGGGGCCGCCGCUCGUAAGGUGAUGACCCCCAGUACUCCUCUGGAUCAGGGGGACCCCAGCAGCCCUCCUCGUCCCCCCCACCGCCACCCUCCUCCGCCCCACCACACGCCCCUGCGCUCCCCCCCCACCGCCCCCCCCUCCUCCUCCUCCCGCUCCGCCAAGCGCCCCUCCGUCCGCCACGUGGAGUUCGAGGCGCCGCCCGCCUCGCCCGUCAUCGUCGCCGCCCCCCACAACCCCCUGGACCCGUUCCGCGAGCACGCCGACUUCCGGCUGCGCACCGACACGCAGCUGGCGGCGUACGUGCGCCAGGAGACGCAGCGGGCGUGGCGCGAGUACGCCCGCGCCCGGGCCGAGGCCCAGAGGCUCCACCCCGCCGGGCACGACCCGCGGCGCAGGAAGAUGACCGUGUGGAGGGUCAGGGUGAAGGGGCUGCCCCACGAGGACUUCACCAAGGAGGACCAGGUGUACGCUCCAGAGCUGGGGCCGGACGUUUACAUCUGA